GGAAAAUAUUAUAAAUGAGUUUGAAAGAUGUAGUCAUUGUAGGAUGUAAAAGAACAUCCAUUGGCAUUUUUAUGGGAUCAUUAGCACCAUUUUCCGCUACUAAUUUAGGCUCUAUCGCAAUCGAAGGAGCAUUGGCUAAUACAAAGUUAGAAAAGAGCCAAGUUGAGGAGGUUUACAUGGGGAAUGUGCUUAGUGCAUCUCUUGGACAAGCUCCAACAACCCAAGCAGCUCUUGGAGCAGGAUUAUCAAAAGAUACUAUCUGUACAACAGUCAACAAAGGAUGAGCUUCUGGUAUGAAAGCAACUAUUUUAGCUACUCAAGCUAUUAGAAGUGGCCAAAGAAAGAUUGUUGUUGCUGGGGGAAUGGAGAGUAUGACUGGAGCUCCUCAUUACAUCAAUAUUCGUGAGCCAGUCAAUAUUAAUAAUCCAAACAUGAAAUAUUUAGAUUCUAUUCUACUUGAUGGGUACACUGAAAUGACAGAGAAUGCUAGAAACAUUCAUUUGGGAAAACUUGCUGAGAAGACUAUAGCUGAACUAGAAAUCAAAAGAGAAGUCUUGGAUAGCUGGACAAAGAUUUCAUACCAAAGAGCUCGAGCAGCACAAGCAAACAAAUUUUUUGAUUGGGAAAUUGUUGAUAUAAUGCAGGCCACUCCAAGAGGAAGGAUUAGGAUCAACCAAGAUGAAGAAUGAAAAAGAUAUUUACCCCAGUCUUUGCCAGUAUUAUUACCGAUUUACUCUAAAAAUGGAUGAUUAACAGCAGCCAGUUCUGGCAAAUUGAAUGAUGGAGCUUCAGCAAUGAUACUUAUGGAGGAAGAGAGUGCAAGAGAAAUUGGGAUGAAACCUCUUGCUAGGAUUAAAGCUUAUGAAGACUCAGCUUUAGACCCAACAGAAUUUACUAUUGCAAAUUCAAAAGUUACUUCUCAAAUUCUACGGAAAGCUGGAAUGAAUUCAAAUGAUAUUGACUUUUAUGAAAUCCAUGAAAACUUUGCCUCAGUUCCAAUGGUUAACAUGGAAGUUCUUGGAUUAGACCCUGAUAUAGUCAAUGUUAAUGGAGGGGCAUUAGCUCUUGGCCAUCCACUGGGAGCAAGUGGAAAUCGAAUUAUCAUCUCAUUACUCAAUAUUCUGAGACAAAAAGGAGGAACAAUAGGUCUAGCAUCUGUUUCCCAUGGAGGAGGUGGAGCAUCAGCAGUCAUGAUAGAAAGAUUAAAUUAGAG